AUGAAUCUUCUAAAGUACUGUUUUAUUCUUUAUAUAGCCGUGAUGAAGUACACAUCAGCGUGUACGAUUUCAUAUGAUGGAACAAUCGGACAACAACUUUGCAUUUUGACUUGCUCAGGUGCAAUUGAUAAUUCAAUGCUACAUUUAGUCAACGAUAUAUAUGGAUUUAGGACAGAUAAAUAUAUAUCAUAUAAUAAAAUAAAAGAUUUACAAGGCGAAAGGUUUUAUGAAGUUAAACAUUUAACAGAUUUGAUCGUGGACUUCAAUCAAAUUGAAUCAAUAGAUCCUAAAGAUUUUGAUAGUACUAGUUUAUCAAAAUUAAGUAUAGGCAAUAAUCCUAUUGAUUGUCAAGUCUUAGUAAAGUUACAUAGAAUUAACUUGUCAUUUCAAAUCACAGCCAUAGGACUAGAUGAACAUAGCGACGAGAAUGUGAAUGGGAUAAUAUGUAAUAAUGUACGUAAGACUAAACCAAAAUUGCCACCUAUUAAUAAUGGUAACGACUACAGCAUACUUAAAAAUCUCGAAAAUAUUUUAGAAAAUUUCAAUAAUAUAAGUAUUGAAAAUGAGGCAAGGGACAAUAAAUACUUAGAGAAAAUAUCGAAUAGCUUAGAAAAUCUAUCGCGAAUUUUGAUUAUUAAUAACAAUACGAAUGUAAUACUUAGCAAACUCUUAAAAUCACAACAGAUAACUGCUACUGCUGUUCUUACCACUUCAGUGACACCAACGCCAGAUAUCAAUCGUGGAACCACUUAUACUCCUACAAAAAUAGUUACAUCUAAUGCGAGUCAAACAGUAGAUAUCAUUUCUUACAUAGGUCAGAUUAAGAAAGAGCUGGAAAAUACUAUAGCUUUUGAGAAACAAAAUAUCAUCAAUAAAAUUGACAGAAAAUUCUUUUCAAAUGCUAAUCAAUCGGAACUUUUGCCCGCGGAUAUUGAUCAUAGAAAGUUGAUAUCCAACACUAACAAAGUUCCAAAGGCUUUGUUUAUAGAAACCUAUAUUGCCUUAAUAUUAUCGAUAACUUUGUUAGGGAUGUUUGUUGGUGUACUUUUUUACAGGUUUUACAAGUCUAGAGUUAGAGGUAAUUUUUCAGUAAGCAAUCACGUCUUACCUGGCGCCAUGGACAAUUCUAGUUUGUAG